CUUUCAUGCUGGCUUGACAACGAAAGCUCCCACAUAUAAAUAGAACAUAAUUGAAAAAUUUGGGUUCACAUGCGGAUAUGACUAGCACAUGGACACUGUCAGUUACUCGUAUCUUCGCUCACCGCAUCAAUUUGUGUGCAAUUGUCGCUUUCUUGUGUCGAAUUCAAUGUGUUGAUUGCGCCGUAACAUGUCGUACAGUCCUCGUCACGUGACACAGUAUUCACCGACAUGGUACACCACUGAUGAGUUGGUCCAACUCAUUCGUUUUCCGCUGAGCAGUAUCCCUUUGCAUACAGGAAGACACAGGUUGCCAACUUAUCGCCAAGAUGGUUCCCUGGAUAACUUCUCGUGCAACAGUAACUACCAACCCGAAGCCUUUAUCCGUGGCCGUACAUUGAUACCCCGUCGAAUGUCACCAGACGGACAGGCGUCCAGAUACCCACCACAAUCUAUGCAUACUUCCUUCAGUCCGGGUGGGGUGGCAUUGUGGCCGAGCACGCUAAUGCAGACAGUUGACAGCCAUCCAUAUUCCCAUCAUACUAUGCGGCAAUCAGGCUUGCUUGUCAAUUCCACAGGAUUCAACACCGAUGGCAGCUGUCAUGAGGUCAUGCCGUCGUACGACGCUUUAAACCCAUCUUACUCCUCUUGCGAGCAGCAUUUACCAAACUCAGAAGCUCAUACUUUCGGUCGCAUUCUUUCCCAGACUCCAAUUAAACAACCAUCCGCGUUGUUAAAUCCACAAAAACGUCUGGACAGCAUUUCACCAAAUGAUUCAUCAUCAUCGUUACUGGAUAUCCCAACCCAGCGGCCUCCAAACACAGUUCGAAGCACGGCCACCCCGUCGGCGUUGGUGCGUACUAUACUUCGUGUGCACGGUAAUGGCAAGCUAGCCUCCCUAUGGCCGACGUCAAACCACUUACGUUCAUCAGAAUCUCCACCUCCUGCUGUUCCUGCUAGAAGGUAUCCCCAUGGGCCUAGGCGAUCCACACAGAGUGUGUGUUCUCGGAUUCUACGAUCGCCAGCGUGCCUGCAGCCAGGCAUGGCGUCUACUGCGGAGCAGUAUUUUGCGAAUGAACAGAAGAAGUUUAAAUUGGAAGGCCAUCUAGAUUGUUCAUGCAACUAUGUCCGUGCCGAUCCAGGGAUAUGGCCCGCUAAUGUCUGGUAUCAGCAAAAUUUCCAUACAGUCGACCGAUGCACUUGUCCUCACGAGGAAGUUCAUCGAUUUUUUGACAAUGCGGCUUCAACUUGGAGACUGGCAGAUACGAUAGCUAUGUUGCCUAUUAAAGAAACGGAUAUAUUGGAUGACUUAGUUGACAGCACAAGCGAAGAAGAUGAAAGUCUUGAGAUGGCCUUGCUGAAGGACAAGGUGUUGGAAGUUUACGGUACGACAGAUAUUCAGUCGAAAGAAGAGAUGUCGAAGAGCGGGAUGGUGCCCCAGGUAAAUCAUCUCUCCUCCGAUGAACCUAAUACUGUUUUCCGCAAAGAACUCUGGCGAGAUCAGCAAAAGUGUAAAUCUAUUGAUAAAACUGCAACCUCCAACAAAACCGGACCCAACUCGACGCAACCCCACCUUUCAAACGAGGAUGACGAUCUCAUCCCCCUUGGUCAGUUGCUUUCCAGUAGCGAGAUGCUGCAACAAAGUGCCUUAGGUACAGUCGCGGCUCCGAAGGAUCAGUGUGUGGAGGGACAAAUUACUCUCACUCCUGUGUCUACAAAUAAAAACGCCAUCGACCGCCAGGUUACAAUUUCUUCCUCAGACACGCCACUUAGCACGAAAGAUUACCUCUCAGAGGUUGAUGCAGUAACAUCGGAAUCCGCCUUCCAAAUCGGGAACAAAAAAGACGAUUUAUCCGAUACAGUAGAAGAUACUUGGAUGUUAUCUGCGAACAAAUACUGCGAUUUGGCAGAACAAUCUGGACAGAUUGCCAAGUCAAAACCGCUUCCGGACCGUUCCGGUGCUGAUUCCGAGUCGGACCAGAAUGAUGACCGUUUUAUGCCAACAAAACCGGACGUUUUGGAGAAUGGUCCCAUUUCCACUCAUUCUGAGAAAACGUCUGUUCCCGUGACCAUACAGGAGGGCCAAAGGGAUAUUCAAAACCCUACCGGAAACAGUUUGAUCAGGUUGCCUUUAUAUGAACUCCCCCAGCAAAGGCAGUCUGAAUCUCCCUUAAGCCACACUAGGGAGAUAGAAACAGAAAAUACUAGGGAGGUGGAAUCUGAUUUGGAUUUAAAUGAAUGGCUCGCCACAUCUAAUGAUUCAAGCAUCAGUGAAGCCGUUCAAAGCUACCAAGGUACAGAGAAAGGAAUGUCGGAUGUGGAAGAGGGACCGCAAUCAGCGAACACAAGUAAAUACGGAGACGAUAUCGGUUCAUACAUCGACAGGCAAAACGCAGCUGUUGAGAUCGCCAAGGUAGAGGAUCAAGUGAAAAACGCAUUUCCCCCGAGUCUGAGCGACACGACUACGAAGAAAACAAAAUCCGUUCGAGAUCAGUUUACUUCUCGUCAACGGGCACUAAAGCGAUGGGCUUUGCUCAGCGCUCAUGUUAGUGACAUGGCCAAUCGACGGAGAAAAGACAAGGAAACCGCGGAAGCUUUAGGGUUCUAUACUUCAAUUGAAAGCGCACCAGAAAAGCACUUAUGGGAGAAAAGAGGUAUCUCCAUGGUCAGCGAUCUG